UCUAAGUAGUGUAGCACAUACUGGGACUUAUCUAUGAUGAACUGGAAAUCAAUAAACAUCGUACAUAAAUUCCACUAUCUGGAUGCUUAUCGUCGAUUCAAUUCGUGUGUUUUUUGCUUUGCAAUUGAAAGCAAUACUCGUACACGAUCAGGGGCCACAGUUAGCAGCCAGAACUCCUACUGAACAGCAUGUCGAAUCCCAUCUCUGAGACCUGGCCGGCCUGGCUGGACCAGCAGGAGCUGCAGAGUCUGCUCAAGCAGGAAAUGGCAGACUUCAGGAGUAUCCAGAGCAUUCGGGGCAAGUGGGAACAGAAUUUGGUGCGACCUACGUACAGUGUCCAGCUCCAAAUAGAGUGUGCGGGCAGCAAGAAACGUUGUCUGAGCUUCUUGGUGAAGUCCCCUCACAUGUCGCCCAGCGGAAGGAGGUUCCCCAUUGAAGGGGACUUCUCGAUGGAGCUUCAGAUGUACGAGAACAUUCUGCCCGCUCUGGAAGGUCUCUACAAGGCUGAGGGCCAGGACAUUCGGUUCAGCGUCCCGUUCCUCAGGACACGGAAGACCCGGUGCCUGCUCUUAGACAACGCCCAAUCAAGGGGCUACAGUGUGGCCAACACGCCCAAGGGCCUGGAAAGACCCGCCAUGGAGGCAGUUCUAUCGAAACUAGCGGCUUAUCAUGCGGCCACGGUGCGCUAUAUACAGACGGGUUCCGAUAAGAAAAGAGAGCUGCCAAAGCUCGUGGCCGGUGCGGCAGGGGAGCUCAAGAGCUUGCUUCAACUUCGAUUCCAUGAGAGCCUGCGAACGCAUAACGCGAGAGAGUACGAAGACAAGGUGAAAGCGUUCCAGAGGUACGUUGGAGGAACCAUCGACCCUUCAGACACUAGGAACUCAUUCAACGUCAUCCUGGUUGGGUGCUGUUUGCCCAACAAUAUACUCAACAGCACUGAUGCCUUUGGGCACGUUAAGGACUCUCUGUUCAUCGACUUUCAGGCCGCCAAAUACGGGCCAGCCGCGUAUGACCUCUUCAGCCUGCUUCUGACGGCACCCGCCAGUCCGAAAUCCCUUCACUUCGAUGGCUACCUGAAGUUCUACCACGAUCAGCUAAUAGCCAAUCUUGGCCUGCUCAAGUACCGCGGCAGGCAGCCCACCCUCACCGACCUGCAACUGGAUCUGCUGAAGUACGGUCACUGGGCCUUCGAGGUGGCCACGGAGAUUCUGCCGCUCGUUCUCUCUCCCUUUGGCAGCGGUGACGAGGACGUUGACGAUGACAUAGUCGAGCUGUUCAGGAAUCCAGUCUAUUCGGAGCAGAUAAGGGAGCUUCUGCCAUGGCUGGAGGAUCGUGGCUACUUCGAAGAAGAAUAAACACCCAAGAGAGAGAGAGAGACAAGUGGAGGUGGAGGUGGGGGCUCAUUGUGACAUUCAAUAAUGUUUGGGAACAGAUAAGAGCAAAUAAAACACCCACCUAAUAGUGAA